UGCGAGACCUAAACGUCUAGUGAUUUAAAUCGUGAAUCAAUUGAAGUGAUAAUCAGAUCCAUAGCACUGGAAGAAUGGAGUCGAUGGACACCGGGUUCGACGAUCUGCUCCAUCGGGCGGAACAGUUGACGGCAGAGAUCGACGGCGAGUCAGAACUGCCACGAAUUGAGCGCAAUCUUCGGCAACUUCUGGACGCCGGGGAACAGCUCUGGUCGCGAACCAGCGCUUCGGCCAGUCGUCAGACCAAUGAUGUCAGGGCUUCAGUGCUCUUGGGAUCCAAAGGCUAUGAUCUCCAGAAAGUGAGCCAACAGUUGGACUCUUUGAGCUCAACCAAGAAGUUGACGCCAAUUGAGUCGAUCGCCGAAACAGACAUCAAAGGCUUCCUGAAGAGCGAGAGAGAGAACGCUAUCAUCAGAAUCAUUGACGACAUCCGGAAGUCGACCAUCGAAAGGGCAGACAAGCUAUACAUGGAUUCACUUCAGCGCCAAUGGGAAGAAGAGAAGUUCAAAAUAUUGAACGCUUUGGUCGGACCUGAAGAAGACAUGUCUGACUUUACCUCCAGUUUCGACAUCACGAGUAUUCGGCCGCAAACCAUGUCUCCUGUGGUGACCCCCAGAACCCGCCUUUACUUCGAGCCAACGCUAAUCGACACGUCGGCCAUCACUGCCAUGAAUGGCACUGAAAUGGCUUUCGCCAAAGAAGUGAUCAAAUAUGUGGAUAAAGUGGUCUUCGGAACCGUUCGCUCAAACAUUUCCAACACUUUCUUCACGAAAGUAGCAAAAGAAACGAUCGGUGAGUCACUUAUGAUUGAUAUGUGGGAAAUGGUGUCCACUUUGAUCUCCAAUGAAAUACCCGUUUCUGUGGACUGCGAGCCACUGGUCAAUAGAAGUGAUCCCAAAGUGAAUGCAUUUCUCAUCAGACAAUCGAAACUAUUUCUCGAGAGAAAGUUUGUUCAAUCGAUUCAAUCAGUGGUCAACCCAUCCGUGGUAUCCACUCUUACACCCAGUCCUUCAGUCUUAUAUAAACUCAUCAAAGAUUAUCUCAUUAUUAAAACACCAUUUUUGACAAACUCUUCACUUAAUGUGUCGUUUGGUUCGAGCAAUAUAUCCAACAAUUCUGAGGACGGAUUAGUGGAUGGGAUCCCCAUUUGGUGCUUCAUUUGGUACUGUCUUAGGGCUGGAAGUGUUGAGGCGGCCAUAGAAGUGGCUCAAAAGGGCCCGAUUUGGGUCAUCAAUGAGUUUAUUAAUGUUUUGCGAGAAUACAAGCAAAGCGAAGAUAAACGUCUGAAUCAAAAGACCGAAAAUCAGAUAAAAUUGUUGUAUAAAAAGACAAUUCGGUUGAGUAAUGAUGUCUAUAAGAAAACAGUGUUUUCAAUGCUGGGCUCUUGUGGCGUCUCUGAGUUUCCCUCCGAUGUGAUGGACAAAGUGGACGAUUUCUUAUGGCUUCGAUUGAGUCAAAUCCAGAGUUAUGAUAAGGACUCGGAGGCCAGUGAGUUGUCAUUCAUGUCGUCGUCCUCACCACAGCUCUCAUCAGAUAAAUUGACUUAUAGUCGACUCAAACAACAAAUUAGUGAAGAAUACGGCGAAUCCUAUUUCAACGCCAAAGACCAGCCAUUUAUGUAUUUCAAGGCAUUAUUCCUCACCAAUCAAUUGGAAGCGGCCAUUGAAUUCCUCUUCAGAAUCGACGCCUACAGGAGUCACGCCAUUCAUAUCGCGAUAGCACUGAACGAAAUGAAUUUAUUGAUCAUUCCUUUGCUUCACCUAAAAGUGCCGCUUAUCUCAAAACAAGCCACCGAUCCAUCGGGUGUCCAACGAUUGAAUUUCGCGAAACUCAUGACAAUAUAUACGCGAAAAUUUGAGGAAAACAAUUCAAUUGAAGCCAUUUAUUACUUCUAUUUGUUGCGCAACAUUAAGACCGCAUCCGGUGAGAACCUGUUCACCACAUGUGUGUCCAAACUGGUCAGGGAUACCAAGAACUACGACACUCUUCUCGGUUACAUUGGCGAAGACGGCUGUCGUAUUCCCGGCACUAUUGAUAAGUUCAAUAACGACGUGAACGCUAUCAUCGAUCAGGUGGCCACUGAUCUGGAAGAGGGCGGCGCUUUCGAGGACGCCGUCAAACUCUAUGACUUGGGAUCAAAGCAUAACAAUGUUCUGCAACUUCUCAACAAAAUGCUCAGUCCUUUAGUACCCGAACGCAAAGUCGUCGACUCCAAGAGGACUCGAUUAGAGACAUUGGCCUUAAAAUUGGCCGAAAGAUAUUGCAGUCAAGAGAACAACGCAUCUCCAGAAGUGUCGCAAACAUUUUAUCUGUUGAUCGAUUUGAUGACUUUCUUUGAUUACUUCCAUAACCAACAGUAUAACGACGCUCUCGAUACUAUAAUGAAAUUAAAGAUAAUUCCGUUGAGAAGCGCUGACAUCGAUAUGAAAGUGAAUCAAUUCAAUAGAUAUUCAGAAGAGAUCCGAAGGAAUAUUGCGGACAUACUGUUGGCCACAAUGAAUAUAUUGUACUCACAAUACAAACAAAUCAAGUCUUCAACUCCGCAAACUACUAAUAAGUUUGGAAUCAUUGGUGAUCUCGACAAUAAGGAACAGAUUUGUGUGGAGUUGAGGGCAAAGGCGAGGGCUAUCAUAACGUACGCGGGAAUGAUUCCCUACCGAAUGCCCGGCGAUUCCAACGCUAGACUCGUUCAGUUGGAAGUGUUGAUGAAUUGAAUGUCUGCUCUAAUAUUGUAUCUGUGAAUAAAUAUCUUAACAUUUGAUAAUAAAUAUAUUUCAAAACCCAUUUUAAAA